UAAAUUUUUGCUCACAGCAGGUCAGUCAUUCGGAGGCUGUGGAUGGAUCAACAACAACUCAGAUGGAAACGAAGCUCAGAUUGCCGAAGCUGAUCAAGAACAGGGGAGAGCGACAUGGGAAACAAAGCAAGCUUCAGAGAAAAGAGGACAGGCAACCUUUGUUGGAGGCUAAUGUUACAGAUGUCGUGACUACAGGGGACAGCUGGGUGGAACUGGGACAGAAGCUGGCCCAGGAUGUGCUCAGCAGUGUGACACUCCAGGGAAACCCCACCAUUCCAAAGAGCAGCCCCACCAAGGAUUUGACCGAGGUGGUGAAGCAAGUGGUAACGGAGAGUCUUUCGCAGCGGGGGGUCGAUUUUGGUCACAUGCAGAGUAGAGUCUGCUUGGAGAAACGUCUGAACAAGGUGCUGGGUGGGGUGCUUGGUGAGCUUCAGCGGCAGAACCCAGGUCCUGGAGUGGCCUGCGUUCAGGAUACAGUGGUGGAGGCCCUUCAUUGCUACGUGUUUGUACAGCUGAAUCACACCUUGCAGUGUGAGUCUUCGCAGGAACCUCUACUGCUGAUCCAGAAUGUAGCCAAGGUGUACCUAAGCGAUGCAUCGAUGGGGCAUCUUAAUACGGCAAAUCAGACCUCCAAAGCAGUUGACCCACUGGUCAUCGCAGACUGGCUGCAGAGCGCACAAAUGAAAUACUUGGAUUCCGCUAUGAAGGACAUUCCUGAGCUCCUGACAAAGAUUCUUCAGUAUGAGGAGGAGUGGCGGUGCUCAACUGAUCUGAAGAACGAGGAAGAUUUUAUCUGGCUGCAGCUGGAUGUUGAGCAGAUUUUGGUUCAGGUCCUUGCAGGUCGUAUCCAGCAGGCAGAGAAGGUGAGCCAGUGCUUGAUGGAAAGGGUUCGAGAGAUUUGCUGUUAUGAGCUGUUGAACUUCAUAUGGAGAUAUGUGAGAAGCGAAACAAGACAUUUAAAACAAGGACAAAAACCAGACGGAUGGAGUAACAGACACCAGUUCUGGACAUUCAAUACCUGCAUAGCUUUCAAGAAGUUAGUAGAAACAAUGGCAAGGGGAAGAGCCGAUUCUCCUGUCCAGGCCAUCACACUCUUGGGAGACAUGCAGACGAUGGCCCUAGAGCUGCUUCUGGAAGAACCCCUGCACUUAGCACAGACCUCCUUCAAGAUGUAUUUCAAAGGGCGAGAUAUUAGCAUGGAGGAUGUGAUGUGGAAGGUCAGGCCACACUUUGAAAAUCUUCCAUUAAAGGGGAAGGAGGCACACAAGGAACUUGUAGAUAUGGCCCAUUGGCGCAUCUCUUCCCUGUACUUUGAUUGCCUGUUGCUUAGCAACCGCAAGGCCCUGAAGAGACAGUGGGAUGAUAUCGGGGCGAGAGUGAGAGCAGAUGCAAUAUGUUUGAGCAGCACUUUCUCACAGCUCUCAAAGAUAACUCAGCAGGGCAACGGACAGUGCGAUGGACACAAGCUGGACCAGCAGAACCCAGAGGAACCCAGUGGGACCCAGAGGAACCAGAUGCUGUUGAAGGUGGCUGAUGUCCUGCAGCUGACUGAUGUGGAAGCCUUGAAAAUAACAGACCAUGAGAAGCUGAAUGAAUUGAGUGCGAAGCAGCUGCGUACCCUGUUGCACUGGAAAGGAGGGCUGUCAAAGCAUCAGAUAAGACAGGUGAUGAAGACCAGCGGAGAUGAACACCACGCCCGUGGCUCGUCAGAAUCCAGAAUUCGAUCCAGGCCACUUCGGUUCAUCUGCUGCUGCUGAGACAGUUGUCUGUGUCCAUCUGUCAUCUCAAAGGCAACAAAUGAAGGAAAGCACCCUGUGAAAAAAGAGAACCGCUCUCAGAAAGAAGUGUUGGUCAAGAGACUAAAUGUUUUGUCAUCAACUGUUUAUUUGCCCAACAGGAAUCCCUGAUAAUGGUGACUGGUCUGCCGAUAAUUCUUUUUUAUGUGUAUUGUGGUAGCAAAAAAUACCAAGCACUUUUAAUGUAAAUAUCAUCAUACGGAGGCUUCGGAUUAGUUUGUUUUGAUAGAGAGGAUGAAACUAGGCACAGGGUCAGUGUUGAUACUGUUCUGUCAUAAAAUACUACCUAUCGAGACGUGCUAUCGAGCCUUUCUGCACAUGUGCAGUUCCACCGUUUUUGGAUUAGAGUUAGGUUUUAGGGGUUAGGGUUAAGGUAAGGGUUUUAGGGGUUUUGGGGGGUUAGGGUUAGGGUAAGAGUUAGGGUUAGGGUUAGGGCUAUCGAUUAGCACUACGGUAGCAUUUUUCGACAAGGCAGCAUAUAUCGACAGAACAGAUACACACAUUAAUAAUUUCCAGACUUCAUACAUUUUUGUUUUUGCAUAUUUCAGGUCCAAAUAUAACAAUAUUUCCUUGACGUAGUGAUAUUUUAUUGGAACCGGUUACAGUCGUAUCCACGGUUUCAAACGUAUCGCAAGAAUUGCAGGAUAGCACAUUUACGUUAAUUUCUUUUUAGCGGACGUUUAAGUCUUGGCAAAUGCAGGAAAAACUGGUCAUGGUCAAUUUUUUUAUAUGCACGUGAAAUUGCAUAAUGAAUGCGAUCAACAAAAUAUUUUUGGGUUCCACUAAGUUCUGCUUUAAAUAAUGACAUAAAAAUAUGCUAUAUGAUAGCAAACGUUACAGACAACCUAUAUAUAUGACUGUAAAAGGAUUAUCAAAGAGUUAACUGAUGUCAUGGAAAACUGUAAGCUAUUUCACUAGAUGCAGUGCGGUAUUUCUCCACCAGGGGGAAAUAAAGGAUAGAAGGCUGUAGUUUUAAUGCUGUAGUUAGUCUGGAGGUACUGUACUGGUCAUAAGUGUGUAAGUUGAUGUCUUUGUUAUUGAGUAUGAUUUGUUUUGAUAGCCUGGAGAAUAUAAGUUUUGUCUGUUAUGCACUGAAAAACUUGUGUGCUUUUCAAAUUUCAUUUAUGUGUACAUAUAAAACCCUAUUAUUCAAAUCA